GAAAUCUCUUGCAAGUAAAAGAAACAGUCAACGGAAGAUGGUUAAUAAGCUUUGAGGCUCCUCCGAUCAGAUUUGUCUUUUCUCUCUGCAAAUCCCAAAGUGUGUAUUUGAAUAGAGCUCCACGCCAUGAACACCGUGGUUGCUCAGUUGCAGAGACAGUUUCAAGACUACCUCGUUUCUCUUUAUCAACAGGGAUUUCUGGAUAAUCAGUUCACUGAGUUGAGAAAGUUGCAAGAUGAAGGCACUCCUGAUUUUGUAGCUGAGGUUGUCUCUCUUUUCUUCGACGACUGUUCCAAGCUUAUUAAUAGCAUGUCUAGAUCACUGGAGAGGCCAGAAAAUGUGGAUUUCAAACAGGUUGAUUCAGGGGUGCAUCAACUCAAGGGUAGUAGCUCAAGUGUUGGUGCAAGGAGGGUAAAAAAUGUGUGUAUAUCUUUCAAGGAAUGUUGUGAUGUUCAGAACCGUGAAGGGUGUUUAAGGUGUCUGCAGCAGGUGGAUUAUGAAUAUAAGAUGCUAAAGACCAAACUUCAGGAUCUCUUCAAUCUAGAGCAACAGAUCGUCCAAGCCGGAGGUGCGAUUCCUCAGGUGAAUAUAAAUUAGACUGAUGGUCUUGUUGAUUUUGCUGAAUGCUCAAAAUACAUGAUGAAACGGAUAUUCCUAGGUAGUAUUUAUUGUUGUUGUUGCUGUUGUAAUGUUCUAUAUUUGAUUGGUGUGGUUCAUCAAAGCAUUUUCCUAGUUACACUAUUCUUCGCCCUGACAUCCGCCCUUGUCUAGACGCUUGAUUGAGUUGUAACAGUACAAGUUAAGUAUAAGUUUAUAACUAGACAUGUC